UUUCGCGGAAAUGCGAAAUAAACGCGUCGUAAAAUCUACCCGGGAUGCUUUUGCAAACGCGAGACGAAUCUAUCGACGAUCGUCAUCGAAUACACGAGGCUUGCGAGGCCUCUUCACUACGAGGAAUUCUCGAACGCGCGUGACGAGCGGUGCAUGAUAAACAAACGUCAUAUCAUGUCCCGCGACAGAACGAUGCGAAAAUGUAGCCGCCGACUGUUUCUCGUCACUCUAUAAAAUUCUGAAAAUUCGCGAAUCUCUUGUCCACGCGUUCGUCGGAUUCUCCAGCUCCAAGAAGGUCGCGUUUCAAGGACGAACAGUCGCUUUUUUUUUUUUUUCCGUUGGUCGCUCGACGUCUUCACCGGAAGCGUUGACUGCGUGACUCCGUUUGCCGCCAAACUUACCCCAGCAUGAUGGAGUUGUUUAUCCGUUGACACUCGAACACGGCAGUGUGAACGGUCGUGUCUGAUUUUUCGCGCACGCGGUCGAAUUUGGCUGUCACCGGCUGCGCGAAGAAUCUAGGAGAUCCAGGAUCUUCUCCGGAGUGAAUGCUCGUCGGAAUCGAUCCUCGUUGUCUCAGAAAAAGUCCGUAAGAUUUUCGGAUCCAAGUACCAUGGCAAAGGUUCAACUAGCGAACGUCGCCGUUCUCGACAAUCCCUCGCCGUUUCUGAACCCGUUCCAGUUUGAGGUCACCUUCGAGUGCAUCGAGGAACUCAAGGAAGAUUUGGAAUGGAAGAUGAUAUAUGUAGGCAGUGCAGAGUCGGAGGAAUUUGAUCAAGUUCUAGAUACCAUUUAUGUCGGUCCAAUUCCAGAAGGAAGACAUAUGUUUGUAUUUCAGGCUGAUCCACCGGACGUCAGUAGGAUUCCAGUCAACGAUGCUUUAGGUGUAACUGUUGUAUUGCUGACUUGUUCCUACAGGGGUCACGAAUUUGUUCGAGUGGGCUAUUUUAUAAAUAACGAAUAUACGGAUCCGGAACUUCGGGAGAAUCCACCUCCUCAGCCACAAUUUGAUAAAGUUCAAAGGAAUAUAUUAGGAGACAAACCACGUGUCACUAGAUUUAAAAUCAACUGGGACGAUUGUCCAACUGGAACGGCGAAUAAUCUUCCAGAAGGCAUGGAAGCACCAGUGUUAGAAGAUACAUCGCAGGAUGCACCUACGUCCACAUUAGGCUUUACGGAGAAUACACAGAAUGGUGGAAUGGAAGUAAUGUGAAAAAUGAUUUGCUGCUGAUAAGAAUAAGUUUGGUGAACUAGCAUUAAUACAGUAAUUUAAACGAUAAAGUAGUACCUGGAAAAGAAAAAGAAGAUGGAAGUACACACUCCGUACAUAUAUUUAGAUAAUUCGCAAAAUUGCGCAAAAUAUCUUUUCAUAUAAUUAUCAAUGUUUUUCUUCCAUAAGAUUUAACAAGUUUGUAUAUUUUGAAAAAUGAAACUGUGUGUUGGUAAUGUGAAAAUCUUAAACCUGAACAAAAGAGAGGAUCGUUUGUGGAAUAGUUAGUGUCUUGUUUCUUUCCAUUAAAUAAUUGUACUGAA